AUGGUAGUAGGGUUAGACAUGAGUGGAUUUUGGUGGUUACGACUUCCGGAAAGGUAUUGCUCUUCAAGCACUUGCAAUAAUACUUAUAUUGUUCCUGCCAAUGCUGCUGUAAGUGUCAAUGCCCCAACUUUUCAUAGUAGCAGUGACUGCUAUACCAAAUCCAGUAAUGCCAACUCUUUGGUUGCGGGUGCCAUGAAUAUCUAUGUUGCUGCUCCAUAUGGUUAUGGAUCGAUCAUUGCCAACGGGAGAGCCACUCAAAAGGGAGCUAAUGAAGCUACUAAGACCUUGAACAGGGGUAUCUCGGAGUUCGUUGUCAUGGCUGCCGAUACUGAGCCCCUUGAGAUUCUGUUGCAUCUUCCUUUGCUCGCUGAAGAUAAGAAUGUGCCAUAUGUAUUUGUUCCUUCAAAGCAAGCACUUGGCGCAUGUGGUGUGACGAGACCUGUAAUCGCCUGCUCCGUCACAACAAAUGAAGGAAGCCAAUUGAAAUCACAAAUACAACAGCUCAAGGAUGCCAUUGAGAAGCUCCUAAUCUAAAGAUAUUAUGUAACUCGUAUUCGGUGUGAUAGCCCUCUUGGAAUUUGGUGGUUUCUCCUUUAGAGGCUUUGACUGAUGAAGUCGAGCCUCUAUUGAGCCGGUCUUUUAAUGUUUGAUCUUAUAAAAUGCCAUUGUUGUGUCUUAUUAUGUUUUCUUAUGAACUGAGAGAAGAAAGGGUAAUUUUAAGUUUGAUGUUUAGCUCAACUAAGUAUGAAUCAUGUUAUGAAUUAAUGUUUGUCUGAAUUUGUUAAAUAUGUU